GCACAACAGCAGCUUGAGUGGAGAAAAUGCAUCCUACAUGUCUUCACAGCUCUUAUCAACAACAAGGCAACUCGGCUGAAAUUCAGCUCCUUACUCCAGCAUUCCUCUCUGCUGUCAUGCUUGCUCUCAUCUUAUCUGAAAAGUGAUGUCUCUUCCCUCAAAAUACUAGUGACUUCUUAUUGCCCUGUCUGCUUGCCACCUCAGCAGAGUCCAGCAGCCUGCUGAAUUAGUCCAAGCUGGAGCUCAUCCUAAAGAACAAAGGCUUCCCACUUCUCCUGCAGCUGUGCACAGGAGGGUCUCACUCUGCUUCCACUCUAGUACCCUGGCACAUGAGAAGUCAUAAAUGAAUUCCUUGAACUUCACCAUGCUGAAAGGUGAUGUUUUGUCAUCUCUGGAAUGUCUUGGGGUUAAGCUGAAAAUGCAGAUUCAUAACCAAGUGGUCUCACUGGCUUCCUCUUUGUGAGAAUUUCUGGACUCAUCUCUAAAGAUUCAGAGUAUGUUUCACACAGAUUCUGUGAGAGAAGAGUGGACGUUACAAAGAAACCCAGGAGCAUGAGAGAGAGAACUGGAGAGUGCUAGGUGUGAACAGCUGCUGAGAUCUUGAGCCCAAUGUCUUUUUUCUAAUCAAACAUCUCAUACUGGAAGGUUCAGGCAUCCAUGCCUUUGCCAAAUGUGAAACUACAGUGAAGUAUCAACAUUUUUUCUCGAGUUCAGUGAGUCAUCAUGCAGGCCAUAGGAAUGUCAAGGGUGUGGAUCUGAUGAGAGCCUACCCAAAGGCAGGCAGAAGGGCUAAAUCUGGGAGAUACUCAAUCUUGGUUUUAAACCAAGACAAUCUUAAAGUAAUAUCAGGAAAAAAGUGCUGGAUUUUUUUUAAAAGUCAUAGGGCAUCGGUUGUCAUGCUGUUAGGAUGGAGUUUCACUCUCGUGCUGUCGUCAUCCAGGUCUACUUUGCCUUAGUAACUGCUGAAUGUUCUUUGGAUAAAGUAACUGCCUUGCACUGAGGUGAGGGGCAGACCAUUUAGUGGGCAGCAGAGAAAGGGAAUGUGUCAUGUAAUGGCCAUCAUCUUGUGCUGGAGUGUGUCAGAUUCUGUCAGGCGUGGAGAAGGAAUAAUGCAGGUCCUGAAAGGCUCAAAUGCAAAAAUAGUGGUUGGGAAGAGAUCACAUAUGAGCAAAUGAUGUGGCCUUGCUAAAUUGGUUCCCUUCCAGAUUGCUCUUGCUAAGCCAUGGAUGGGGUUGUUUACACAGUGAUGGGGGAGUACAGCUGAGGCUCAACUAGGUGUUCUGAAAGGAAACAACCUGCUGUGAUCAAGGUUUUGUUCUCUUUAUAAGUAGUGUUUUGCCACAGGAAUUAGUGAAUUAGCUCAAUGAAAAAGGACAGAUAUUGUUUUGAUUCUGGAUUAUACUGUGUUAUACUUUAUUCACAGUAUUAGCUGGACAGAUACAAAGUAACUGUCCCAAAUUGAGGAUUAUCCUCGUGUUUCAGAUAAUGCAACAGUGUCAGCUCUCCUCUAUGUGCCUGAUAGUUCCCUUGAGGAAAAGGUUACCUCUUCCUCAAACGGUUUGCCAAACCUGGGGACAAUGUCUAUCAUUUCAAAAUUACAACUUCAAGCAGUCUGACAGAGGGACAUCUUCCACAUUUAAGUGUUUUAAGAGCAGUUCUAUUCCAGUAAUAAGCUCUAAUAAAUAUUUCUAGAAACAAGUUCACAGCUGCUUUUGCCAUCUCUGGAAUUCUGGAGUCUUGAAUUUGUAACCUUAAAAAUACAUGAGCCACUGUAAAACAUAACACGCACAGUACUGUUUGCCUAAUUCAUUUAACAAGUAGAAGUUAAAGUGAAAGUAAAUUGAACUUCCUUUUCCCCAAGUAAAUAAAAUUCUACAGGACAACAUAUUUUACUUCAAAAUUCUAUGGAAAUUUCUUCUUUUUCUUUGGGUUCCAGAAACAUGUCCUUAUAUGGUCUACUUGUCAGGGACAAUAAAUAAUGAUGUAAUAGAAAGGUCAACUUUGUGUCAUUUAGCUACAGGAUGCUUGAUGAAGUGAAGUUCCUCACAUUAAUGCAACAAAGAAGAACUUUAUAAUGAGUAAAAGUUUCUGCAGUGCGUCUUCAAGCAGGAAAUCUGAGAUUCAGAACAACUUAUAUUUUGGCUUGUACUCGCUGAUCAUGGGGUGAUCCAGAAAUAAACUCCAGGCUUCAAAGAGAGAGAGUUUCAAAGCUGUCCUGCAGUUGAUCGAAACAUCCAGACAAGGCAGGGAGAUGAAUACCAACGAGGAUUUUCUAAAUUAAGACUAUAUCAAGAAGAUAAUUCAUUUCAAUAAUAUCGUAACUCUUUUAUUUGAGAACUAAAAGGACACAAAAAAAAAUAAAAAAAUAAAAAAUAAAAGACAAAAAUGGCUACAACAACAACGAAGAGCCAAAGACAAACAAUAAGCUGUGAGGAAUAUAGUCUGUACAGCAGCAUGAGUGAGGACGAGCUGAUCAACAUGGCCAUCCAGCAGAGCCUGGGGGAGGAUCCAGUAGGCCAGGCAGCAGCCCAGGGCCACCCAAAGCCACUGGGAGGGGGUCCCAGCGAGGCAGCUGCCCCCAGCCGUGCCAACAGCCACAACCCUCCCUACCACCUCUACCCUUGGCAAAGAUUGGCAGCCAGAGGCCGCAUUCAGCCACCCAACGCAGGGGCAGCCUGGGCAGUCAGGCGAAGGUACGACGGCAGCCUCUGCAGCACAGCCCAGCCCAUAGAACUUGACCCUGUGGUAGCAGCAAUCAGGGAUGGAGAUGAAAAAGAGAUUUGCAACAUGAUGAAAUCAGGAAAAGACCUUUCUGAACCUAAUAAGGACGGUUGGUUACCCCUCCAUGAAGCUGCAUACUAUGGCCAAGUGGGUUGCCUGCGCCUGUUGCAAAAAGCAUAUCCUGGCACAAUUGACCAGCGCACGCUCAAUGAGGAGACAGCUCUCUUCCUGGCCACUAGCCGAGGCAACCUGGACUGCUUGCUUGCCCUGCUGCAGUCUGGGGCUGAGCCUGACAUCUCUAACAAGGCCAGAGAAACUCCCCUCUACAAAGCCUGUGAGCGCAAGAAUGCAGAGGCUGCAAGACUCCUGGUACAGUACAAUGCUGAUACCAACCACCGCUGCAAUCGAGGAUGGACUGCUCUCCAUGAGGCUGUCUCCAGAAAUGACCUGGAGAUUAUGGAUAUCCUGGUGAAAGGAGGUGCCAAGAUUGAGUCUACAAAUACCUAUGGGAUCACUUCUUUAUUUGUGGCAGCUGAGAGUGGGCAGUUGGAAGCUCUGAGAUACCUGGCAAAAUGUGGUGCUGAUAUAAACACUCAAGCCAGUGAUGGUGCUUCUGCUCUUUAUGAAGCCUGUAAAAAUGGACAUGUACAUAUUGUAGAGUUUCUUUUGUCCCAAGGAGCUGACGCUAACAAAGCCAAUAAGGAUGGCCUCCUACCUCUUCACAUAGCAGCCAAAAAGGGAAUUUGCGAGAUUGUCUCCAUGCUGAUUCCUGUGACUAGUCGCAUCCGUGUCAAGCGCAGUGGCAUCAGUCCCUUGCACUUAGCAGCUGAACGCAACAAUGAUGACAUCUUGGAAGAGCUAAUUGAUGCUGGCUAUGACGUGAACACCACCCUCUCCAAUGAACGAGCCUGCCUUUACGAGGACAGACGCACCACACCUCUCUAUUUUGCUGUUUUUAACAACAAUAUCUACGCCACAGAGCUCCUGUUGCAAGCUGGAGCCAACCCUAACAUUGACCUCAUCAACCCGCUGCUUAUCUCCAUACGCCAUGGUUGCCUGAAGACAAUGAAACUGCUUCUCGAUCAUGGAGCAAAUAUUGAUGCUUACAUUUCAAGCCAUCCCACCACAUUUCCAGCUACCAUCAUGUUUUCAAUGAAGUACCUUUCUCUGCUGAAGUACCUCCUGGAUCUUGGCUGUGAUGCUCUUUCCUGUUUCCAAUGCCAGUAUGGAAACUGCCCACACCCUGCUUUAAAUUACAGACGGGACAGAUUUAAUGAUCCUCAGCUGUCCAAAGAACCAACCAUAACGCAGUUUUGUGAUAUGGUGUCUACUCCAGAGAUAAGUCGCUGGGCUGGGCCAAUUAUUGAUGUUCUCCUGGAUUAUGUGGGUAACGUCCAGCUCUGUUCCCGGCUCAAGGAGCAUAUAGACAGCUAUGAGGACUGGGCUGUCAUUAAAGAAAAAGCAGAGCCUCCACGACCUCUUGCCCAUCUUUGUCGUGUCAAGGUACGAAGCUUGAUUGGAAGAAACCGCAUUAAACUCAUUGACACAUUGCCUCUUCCAUACAGACUGAUUCGAUACUUACAGCAUGAUUACACACAGUGACCUCAAGCAUGGUAGACUUUCAGCAGCUUCCUGGCAUGUCACUCAGAGUCAUCAGCAUGACAGUGGCACACACCAAGCUGCUGGCUUGGUCAAGUGCCUUCCAAUGACUAAUCUACAAGAAAUAAGCUUCUGGAGUGAGUGAGAAGAAAAAGGAGUGGACAUCUAAACAUCAGGUUUUACAGGAGGAAGCACACGUGAUCCACUUCAGAGCUUGGUUAGCAAAGAAAAAGAAGUGAAAGCCAAGGCUGAAAAAUGAGUAGUGCUGAAGCAAGUACCAGUGAGGGUACUCACUGAUCUGGGGUCUGGUGGAGCUUAGCAUCCUUGCUGUGAUCACAUUUCAGAAGCUGUUAAGAGUCAAAAUAUUUGGGAAAACAACUACAUUUCAUUCACUGACUGAGAUUUUUACUUUAGUUUCUACUCUGUGUUUUGGAUUUCUGUUCAGUGUGCUGGUUGCUAAUUCUCUGAUAGUUUGACACUGUCUUGGUAAAAAUUUUUUGGACCUUUCUCAGUCGAGUACUUGAUUUCUGAACAUUCAAAGCUCAGAACUUUUAACUAUACUCAGAUGUGCAGAUUCCUUUAAAAGCUGAGAAAAGCUUUAUUGAAGGAGGAUGUAAGAACUGUAUUUACACCUAGCAAAUACAGUUCAAGUUGUAUUACAUAAGAAGGCAGUGAAAUUAGUGAAAUUCUGCUUGAGAUAAUUUUCUGUAUUUUCUGAUUUUCUAUACUGGGGAUUUGAAAGCAACUCAUAUAAAUAUAUAUUUCUUUUCUGUAAAUUAGAAGUAGUUGUACUGUAAACAGUAGCUACGGUCUGUCAUGAAGCUGGUGUCUGAACAGAACAAAGCCCUAGAGGAACAUGGGCAGUGAUGAGGAAGAAAGACAAGAUACACAGGGAACAGCCACACUGCUACACGAAACUUAUUGUUCCACUAGAGGAUCUUGUCCCUACGAAAUUCAGCCUCUCUUACUUCCUUGACUUCUGUGACUAUAAUAAUACAAUGACUGAAAAAAAGAGAGGUUAUUUCAAGAUGAUGAGACUUUGAGAUUUAGGAAAAAAAAUGCCCAGAAGUUAGCUCUAAAUCUUUAUUCAGGUGCCCACACAGUGCCAAGAUUCUUGUGCCAGGUGUAGUUACAUUGAAGCCAGUGGGAUAACUCUGGUGUCAGAUAUUACUGAGGUGGAAUAAGUCCUAAGAUUUAGCCUUGAAUUUCUUGACUUCAGAAGUUAGAAGUAUCUAUUAGUUCUUUUGACAUUGAUGAAAGUUAUUAUCUUAGCUUCUCUGAAAAUUAGGUCACCUAUUUACAGCUCAGAUACACAACUGAUUUAUGGCAGCUUAACAACUUGCCAUCUAUCAGCUGAACCGCUAUAAUUGUCCGUGAAAUUCUUUUAUUGAAGUUUUUAACAAGUCACAUUCCCUCACAGCUGGGGAGGCUGAGGAGCCCACGAAUGGUUAUUGGCAGUGAGCACAGCUCACUUGACAGGUGUGACUUGCUGAACCACUGAAAUUCAAUGAAUGCCUCGGUCCUGAUCAGGCGCCUAAGUAAGGAUGGAAGAGCCUAAUUUUGGAAUCAUGUCUUGGCAGAUGUUAUUCUAGAAGCAUACCCAUUCUUACCUUAGGUGACAUAAGACUUGUGAAAUAGGGAUUGUUUUGACUCCCCACCAGAGACUUGACAGAUCUGUUUUUGUUUGUUGGCCUGCAUACUAUGAAAUGAGAUAGAAAUUUAACUAGGGAAAAUGCACUGGACUGAUUUUGUAUGUGGUUUCACAACUUAACACAGCACUAAAAGUGUGUUGCACACACACGGGCCUAUCUGGGCACAAAAGUCCAGAUUCUGUGAUGGUUUUGUGUGAAAUGCAUUUAGCACUCAUGGCAUAGGAUGUAAAUGAAAGCAGAAAUGGUCACAGCAAGCGCACUGUCUGUAGCUGUCCUCUUCCCAAAUGUUGAAACAGCAGUUUCAUUUCUCACUGAACUGUGAUCUUCAAAGCUUUAUAAAAUCAGAUGAAAUUCCUCCACUGUUGAAAUUCCAUCACUAUCAGCCUCCUUGUCCUGAAGUGUGAACUCCACCAUUCUUAGAGGAGGAGUGAGGUCUCUGGAGGUACAGUGCCACCUACCCAGUAGGGCCAUUCAGAAAAUGGAGCCUCUCCACGACACCAGUUAGGAGCUGGCCACCACUGCUGGCCAUACAGAGAAAAGCUGGCUAAGCAGCCCUCUGAAGCACUCCUCCAGCCUUUGUGAGUCUGUAUUGUCAGGGAAAGAGCUGUAAUUAUAAUCAUAGAAUCAUUGAAUAUCCCAAGUUGAUCAUGAUUCAUAUGGAUCAUUGAGUACAACUCCUAGCUCCACAAAGAACUGCCCAAAAAUUAGACUAUACAAUUGUAAGCGAUAGUUUGAGAAAUGGAAAGUCAUCUAUGGAAUUAUUGCAUCCCUUAGCUAAUGGGGCUGAGCAGUGAAGGUCUAGGUCUUACUCACAUUUAUAUAAAUCAGAAGAAAUAUUGUUGAAAUUAAAUAAGUGUAAUAUAACAGAGUUGCAGGUAGUGGAUAGAGCUGAGCAUGACCUGGUGGAGACCAUUUAAGUAAGCAUUUGUUUGGUGUGUGGUGUCAGCUCUGGAGACUGGUAGCUGACAGAAGGAUUUGAAAUCACCAGCUGCAGGGAUGAGAUUUCGUAAACCAUCCCAAACUGGGAAUUUUCUCUGAACCAACAUCGUUAUGUACACAAAAGUCUCAUGAAUAACAGCUUCUUUUUAUGUCCCUGGACAAGAUGAAACUGGUCUUGGGUGGAGCAAAUACAGAAACUCCUUUUCUUCUUUUCACCAAGAGACCUUCAUCUUUGCUGAGAAACUCAUAUCCUGGUUGCUCUCAGCUGUCUGUCCUGAGCAACAGCCACUGACCUGAUGUGAGCAUACCACAGCUGUGAGAUGGGUAAGGAUACAGUGUGCACAGCAACUGAGGAGAGAUGUAUGUUAGAGGGAGAGCCUAGUAAUUACAUUAUUAUGCCCUUUCUGCUUGAUCUUUACUGCAAACCUUCACUCAGUCAGUUUACAUUUAUUUGCACUGAAAUGGAGCCAACUACCUCUCCUACACUCCAGUCACUGGCACAAUGUUUAAUGUGUGAUGCUGAAUCUGUACAAAUGUGAUGAACAUUUAGUGCAUCUGUCUAAAACUGUGAUAAGAUAAUACCCAACAUCCCAAGCAAACUAGGCUUUAUAAGCAGAUCAAUAGUUCCAGCUCCUUCAGAGAUUAUAACUUUUUGUGAUAUACAAUAGGAAUAUUUCAUGACCAGGUUACUGUACUUUAUCCUGCUGCAACAUGUGCAAUUCACUUUAUGUUUGUGUGCACUAUUUUGGUUUUUAUUUUAUACGGAAUAUUUUCAUUUACCAUUAUUUAUGAAUGCUAUUGUAGAUUUAACAGUUUAAAUUUGCACUGUUGUAGUAGACAGCAGCUCUUGAUUGUUAUGUUUCCAUCUUUCCAACAAAGUAUGAAUUAAACAAUUAGAUUCUAAAGUUUUAUCAGCUCUCCUGAAUAGCAAAAUUAAACAACUAAACAGUGGAACAGCCAGGAAAAGUCUGAAUCGAUCCAAGCUUGCACAAUUAAUAAUUCUGAUGGCAGUCUCAGGGGUGAGAGAAUAGUAAAUAUUGGUAGAGAGACAGUUUUUAUUCUUUGCACACCUUUUGAAAUGUCUAAUACAUCUGCACUCUAUUAUUUUGAA